CCUGGCCUGUUGUGCAUUUCGUUGAUGGCCACUGCUUGACUCAAGAAGGGGGACAAGCCAACUGGGCUGGAAGGAGUAUGGCCUUUGUGAUGGCGAGCUUCAUGUGCUCUCUGCUUCUGGCCAGCCUGUUGACUCCUCAGUGUGUAAGAGCCACAUCUGCAGCCCAGAUGUGCACUGAGGUUGUGGCCAACCUGACCUACAACUGUGAAAACCUAGGACUUGAAGAGAUUCCUGAAAGUCUUCCAGCCACAACGAAAUUCCUUGAGUUCGGUUUUAACUUUCUCCCUGACCUCCAAAGCUCAACCUUCAGCAGGCUCAGAGACUUGGUCUACUUAGAUUUAACCAGGUGUGAAAUUAACUGGGUACAUGAAGAUGCUUUUGAAAACAAUGAUGACCUCAGCACCAUUGUACUGACAGGAAAUCCCCUGAUAUUUAUGGCAGACACAGCUUUCCAGGGUCCUAAGGCCCUGAAGCAUCUCACCUUAACCCAAACAGGCAUGACUAGUGUUACAUUUAUUCCAAUGCAGAAUUUGGAAAACUUGGAAACUCUGCAUCUUGGUAGUAAUCAUCUUUCAUCCAUUCAACUCCCCUCAACAUUCUCUGCCCGUAACCUGAAAGUCCUGGACUUUGAACUGAAUGCCAUACAUCACAUCACUAAGGAAGAUGUAGCAUCCUUGAAACGCGCAACCAACUUAAGCCUUAACUUGAAAGGCAAUAACAUCCAGGACAUUGAAGAUGGGGCUUUCCACUCCACUGCGUUCCAAAGCUUGAACUUUGGAGGGAUCUCUGACGUUUCUACUGUGUUAAAGGGGCUGCAGAAUUCCAUCACUCAAACUCUUUGGCUUGGGUCCUUUCACGAUGUAGAUGACCUAGAUGUAAGCCCAGACAUGCUGGAAGGGCUGUGUAAUACGUCUGUGGAAGCCCUUAACAUACAGUCCCGCUAUUUCUCAAACUCAGUUGCCAUUUUUCAAUGCUUCACGGGACUCCAAGAGCUAGAUCUGACUGAAACUCAUUGGAAUAGUUUGCCCUCUGGCAUUGAAGGGAUGAAUCAGCUUAAGAAAUUAGUGCUGAAUCAAAACGCAUUUGAUGAUUUGUGCCAAAUCAACGCUGCCAGCUUCCCCAACCUGACUCAUCUUUAUGUUAAAGGCAACACACAUAAGCUAGACUUUGGUGCAGGCUGCUUAGGAAAACUAGAAAACCUUCUGCACCUAGAUUUAAGUCACAGUAAAGUUGUCUCGGACACCUGCUGUAAUACUCAGCUGAGGAACCUGUCUCAUCUGCAGCAUCUGAACUUGAGUAAUAAUGAGCCACAAACUCUCCAAGGCCAGGCUUUUGGAGAAUGCCCUCAGCUGGAGGUGUUGGACUUCUCCUUUACACAUCUUCAUACUGAUGCUUCCCCAAGUCCUUUCCAAAAUCUUCAUCUCCUCCAGGUCCUGAAUCUCUCUAACUGCCUUGUUGAGACCAGCAAUCCUCAGCUCCUGGUGGGUCUGCAAGGCCUUCAACAUCUAGACCUGAGUGGGAAUCCCUUUCAGUCUGGGAUCCUCACAAAGGACAAUCUGCUCCAUCCUGUGGACAGCAUACAGGUCCUCAUUCUGUCAUCCUGCAGCCUGACAGCCCUGGAACAGCAGGCCUUUGGAAGCCUCGGCAAACUCAAGUACCUGGACCUACAGCACAACAGCCUGACAGGGUCAGGCUUGGCAGCUCUUAGCAAUCUCAACAAAACUCAUCUCAACCUGGCAGCCAACAGCAUACAUACCAUUCCACCUAGUCUUCUACCUGUUUUUUCCCAGCAGAGCAUCAUUAAUUUAAGUCACAACCCCCUAGACUGUACUUGUUCCAAUAUUCACUUUCUGACAUGGUACAAGGAAAAUCUGCACAAAAUUUCAGACCCUGAAGAGACCACCUGUGGGGAUCCCCCAGCUCUAAGGGGGGUGAAGCUGUCCAACGUGACUCUCUCCUGUGCCACUUCAGCUGUGGGGAUCGUCUUUCUGGUGCUAUUUCUUUUGACGGUCAUCAUUACGUCCAUUGUCUUAGGCCGACGCUAUAUAAUCAGAAAAUAUGAAAACAUUUAGCUUUGAAGGUUUCCAGCAAAGGCAAGCAUGCUCGCUGACCUUCCCUAAGUGGGUGUCCCCUCCCUGCUUCCUCUAAGCAGCCUUUUCAGCUUGACUCCUGAAUCCUAUAGAGAUUAAGUACUUUCUUUUUCUUUUGUACUAGUGGGCUCCUAUGCUGCAGACCACGAGAGGAACUUACCACUGUGGGCCCAAGGGUUCUGGUGGUGGGGUGAGCUGGACAGACACUAGUGAGAGAAUGGAGUGCUACUGGCUGCCUGCCAUCUUGCCCCCACCCUUUUUCCCACCACCAAGCCUCAGGACAUGGCUCUUUGGUUCCCUCUGCUGGUUUCUCAUUGCCCCCACUUCUCUCAAAGACUAGGUUCUUCCAUGACUUUGUUGCAGGAAAGGAAGCAGGUAUUUUCCUCCAAUCUCUCUUGCUCUCCUCACUAUAAAUAGUACACAA